UCCCAACCCUCUCUCUGUAGCUGUUUGGGGUAGUCGCUGUUGUUGCUUACGUGAAAGCAAAGACUCUAUCCCGAUAAAGUCUUCAUUGCCCCUGUUACGCCAAGCAACACCCACACUCUCUCACUCCUCUAUCCUCAUAUAUACUAUAUAUAUACUCACGCGCAUAUACAUAUCCACCCAAUCCGUCACUCUUCACACCCACUCUCUCUCUGUUUCUCCGACUCUUCACUUCAGGCUGCUGUGAAAAUUGAAUGUGCUGAAGGAAGCAAUGGGUUCUUUCCGUAGAGUUAUCCUGGGCUUCCUUAUUCAGUUUUGUGUCUUGUAUCAGUGUUCUGCAAUUGUGGUUGAUACUAAUGAGACAGCACGGCUGUUUGUAAAUGCUUCCGAAGCAUCUGGAUGGAAGAUACCCAAACUUCUAUUUGGCAUAUUCUUUGAGGAAAUUAACCAUGCUGGGGCUGGUGGGUUGUGGGCAGAACUUGUCAGCAACAGAGGUUUUGAAUCUGGGGGCCUUACCACUCCCUCCAAUAUCGACCCUUGGUCUGUCAUUGGAGAUGAUUCCUCUCUUAUUGUAUCAACUGACCGUUCAUCAUGCUUUGAUCGAAACAAAGUUGCACUUCGGAUGGAGGUGUUUUGUGACAGCGAAGGCACCAAAGUCUGUCCAACUGGAGGAGUUGGUAUUUUUAAUCCUGGAUUCUGGGGCAUGAAUAUUGAACAAGGGAAGACCUAUAAAGUAGUUCUGUAUAUACGUUCAUUACAGUCGGUUAAUAUAUCUGUAGCAUUGACUGGCUCCAAUGGGUUCCAAACGCUGGCUACUGAUAACAUUAUAGCUGCUGAUGUUUCAAAUUGGACAAGGGCUGAGGUUCUUCUGGUAGCGAGUGAUACCAAUCAUAACUCUAGACUACAAUUGACAACAAGCAAAAAAGGAGUCAUAUGGUUCGACCAGGUGUCAGCAAUGCCCUUGGACACAUACAAGGGACAUGGUUUCCGAAAUGAACUUUUUGGAAUGCUAGCAGAUUUGAAACCCCGAUUUAUCAGAUUUCCAGGUGGGUGUUUCGUUGAAGGUGAAUGGUUGCGAAAUGCAUUCCGCUGGAAAGAAACUAUUGGGCCCUGGGAAGAGAGACCUGGACAUUUUGGUGAUGUUUGGAAUUACUGGACUGAUGAUGGACUUGGUUACUUUGAAUUUCUUCAGCUUGCAGAAGACCUUGGUGCAGCACCGGUAUGGGUAUUCAAUAAUGGAAUAAGCCAUAAUGAUCAAGUGGAUACUUCUAGCAUUUCACCUUUUCUGCAAGAAGUCCUCGAUAGUAUUGAGUUUGCUAGGGGUGAUUCUGACUCAACAUGGGGUUCUGUUCGAGCUGCAAUGGGACACUCGGAACCUUUUGACUUGAAAUAUGUUGCUUCUGGGAAUGAAGACUGUGGGAAGAAGAAUUACCGUGGAAAUUACCUCAAGUUUUAUUAUGCUAUAAAACUUGCUUAUCCAGACAUCAAAAUAAUAUCAAACUGUGAUGGGUCUAAUCGACAAUUGGAUCACCCUGCUGAUUUUUAUGAUUAUCAUAUUUACAGUGAUUCAAACAGUGUGUUUUCUUUGGCUCAUAAAUUUGAUCAUACAUCUCGUAGUGGUCCGAAGGCUUUUGUAAGUGAGUAUGCUGUGACUGGAAAAGAUGCUGGUACAGGAAGCCUUUUAGCGGCACUGGCUGAGGCUGGUUUCCUUAUUGGAGUAGAAAGGAACAGCGAUAUUGUUGAAAUGGCAAGCUAUGCACCCCUAUUUGUGAAUACCAAUGACAGAAGGUGGAUCCCGGAUGCAAUUGUUUUUAACUCCUUCCAGCAGUAUGGAACUCCUAGUUAUUGGAUGCAACACUUUUUCAUAGAAUCAAGUGGUGCUACUCUGCUUAAUUCAACACUAAAGGCCAAUUCUUCAAGCUCGCUAGUUGCUUCUGCUAUUGCUUGGUCAGAGGAUGAUAAGAAUUAUUUAAGAAUAAAGGUAGUGAACUUUGGGAUCAAUGCUGUGAAUUUAACAAUUUCAACUGAUGGAUUGGCGCCAAACUCAUUCCUAUCAUUUGGAUCAACAAAGACUGUACUUGCAUCUAGCAAUCUGAUGGAUGAGAAUUCCUUCAAAGAUCCAAAAAAGGUAAGUCCUGUCAAAAGCGCAGUUGACGGUGCUGGUGUGAACAUGAAUGUCAUACUGUCUCCACAUUCUUUUACUUCUUUCGAUUUGCAAAUAGAAUCAAACAAUCUCCGGAUGCCAGGAACUGAUUCUAUCCGUAUAUCUUCAUAUUGAGAAUAUAAAUUAUAGCUGUAAUAAUCGCAGAAUGGUUUGGCGUAUCAUUCUCUAAACAUGUACUACUGCUUGUUUUUUUUUUUGUACUUUUUCAAAAAAGAUUUGGCCUAAGUUGUAAAUGUCCUUGAUAGGUUUUCUUUCCUUUUA